GGCUAGUUUGGGCCCAUGUGUCCGGAAGCAGCCUCGGCUUCCUCUGCCUGUGUUUUGUGACGAUAAAAGCUUCGUAGAAGAAGCGCCGGAGUUGUGGGAACUUCUGUCCCGGCUGCUGUGACCGUGGGGGGCAGGCAGGGAGAGCCGGUGGACCACCGGCGAGCUGAAACAUGGGCCUCGUGGCGAGGAUACGAAAGGAGUGGUUCAUCGUCGGGAUCGUGCUGGUCAUCUUAUCGGCCAAGCUGCAGCCCAGCAUCGGAGUGAAAGGAGGUCCUUUAAAACCGGAGGUCACCGUAGCGUACAUCGCCGUCUCGCUCAUCUUCUUCAACAGCGGCCUGUCGCUAAAAACUGAGGAGCUGACCAGUGCGCUGCUUCACGUGCGGCUCCACCUCUUUGUUCAGUCCUUCACCCUCAUCUUCUUCCCACUCGCCGUUUGGCUGCUGCUCAAGGUGCUCUCACUGACCGCCAUCGACCAAUGGCUGCUCAGAGGGUUACAGACGGUGAGCUGCAUGCCCCCUCCGGUCUCUUCCGCCGUUAUUCUCACCAAGGCUGUCGGAGGCAACGAGGCCGCCGCCAUCUUCAACUCUGCUUUUGGAAGCUUCUUGGGAAUCGUCGUCACUCCUCUGCUGCUGCUGCUGUUUCUCGGCUCCUCGUCCUCCGUUCCCUUCUCCUCCAUCUUCUCUCAGCUCUUCAUGACGGUGGUGGUGCCUCUGAUCCUGGGUCAGGUGUGUCGCGGUUUCCUCAGGGAGUUUCUGGAAAGGCAAAAGCCCCCGUUCGGCGCCAUCAGCAGCGCCGUCCUCCUCAUGAUCAUCUACACCACCUUCUGCGAAACCUUCAGUAACCCCAGCAUCGAGCUGGACCCCACCAGCCUGCUGCUGGUCGGCCUUAUCAGUCAGUACACCUUCUGCGUGUCAUCAGUGGCAGAUUAAUGGAAAUCAAAUGUAAAUUGUAAAUUUGAACUAAACUAUCAGAGGAAGUGUUAAAAUAAUGGUGCUAGCGCUGAAACGCUGAGUAAAGUUGAACUUUUUAAGCAUCCCUGAAUACAUUUCUCCUCGGUUACUCUGAGAACUACCAAAAGUUCAAGUGGACUUCAUGUUAUAUUCACGGGAAACUGAAACCAGUGGCUGAGAAUAUGAGCUCAUCUGGAAAGUGUUACCGAGGUCAGAGAGCUGUUAUCCCACAGACUUCUAUAAAACACUGGAAGCCUGUUUGCAACCACAGUAUCGUCCUGUCCUUCAACUGCCGACUACCAAAUUUAUGACUGAAGUCCUGAAUCUUCCUUUUCUUUAUGGCCCGUAGCCAUGAGCUCAUAAAGUUGUCAAGGAAACUGCUAAGCACAUAGAUCAAGGCAGAUAAGGGCUGUUUUCCCACCAACGUGCGUUGAGCUGACCCAGCUGAUCUCAAUAGAUUGUUCAAGAGUUGUUUGCCAUGUUGAACACGAUUUAACCUCUGGUUGCUAGGGAAGCGUACACUUCCUGAUUGGUUGGCACUGGUUUCUGGACAAUUCUGGCUCUCGUUAAAAUCAGUGGUAGAGUAUGUGCUGCACCAAAAAAAACAAUGAUUGUGUUGGUUAAGCUAGCAGUUUGCCAGUUUUUGCUGAAUCAGCGAUCUUCCCCUGCUGGUCAUUAAAAAUAAUGCAGGUUGAAGACACUUCUACACUGGCUUCACUUUUCACACCCAAAAACUACCUCUAUCUGUUCAGAUGACAUUUUUCAAAUGCUUCCAGCAUACCGCCACACCCAAUGGAAAUCCUUCACU